AUGGCCACAAACAUUUGGCAUGCGAAAUGGAAACAAGUGGAAGAAAACGAUCAGGACGAAGAUGAAGAUGAAGAACUGGAAGCAUUGUCACUUUGUGAUCUUCCGGUGAAUUCAAUCGAACAAGAAGAUCUGCCAAGAAAACCACCAGCUUCUCAGAUCAGCGAAACUAGAGAAGCGGAAUUCGAUUUCUGCUCAUGGGGUGGCCCGGUAGAAAUGUGUUCAGCAGAUGAAGUUUUCUUCCAAGGCCAAAUGCUCCCAUUGUGUGUCUCAUCAAAAUCCACCACUUCCCAGCGUUAUGGCCAGAAACAUGAGUGGCUAUUUGAAUCAAGGUCAGAAUCCAUGGACCAUUUUUCUUCAAGCGAGUUUCAUAGUAGUAGCAGUAGAAGCAGCAGUUUAAGAAGUCAAAACUCAUGUAGUAGCACCAGCUCCACCACCAUCACCACAAGAACAACAAGAACUUCUAAUGCUAGAAGAGAAGUUCGUGGUCAUCAAUUUUACACGCAUCAUCCAAGUCCCAAACCUCAGUUGAAAGCAAAUAUUACAAGACAAGGAAGCUUUGGUAAUAAUCAUGGUAGAAAAUCAUCAUCAGCAUGGGAUAUUUUCCGUCUAGGUGUGGUUCCUGCACCUGAGAUAGGUUUACAAGAUAUUAAGGUUCGUAGUACCAACAAUGUUAAUAGCAAAAAUUAUAGUAACUUCAAUUUCAAUUUCAACGCUAGUGUCGCCACUACCAAUAAUAGUGUUGAAAUGAGUAACAACAUUAGCGGAAAGAGCAAGAACGUUUUGAAGCAGUUUAUGAACAAAGGUAGUGGUUUAUUCAGUGGUUGUAAGUGCUCAUCAAUUGAAACGGUUGAGGCGGACAUUGCUAUGAUUGGUGGUCACACAAAAAAGUCAAAUGAGACAGAGGGCACAGUGCACGCCAUGAAAGAAAAAGUGGUGGAACAAAAGAGGCAGAACAGUAAGGUAAAGCAGGGAAAGAAGGGUGUGCCACGUCAUCAGCAAAGCUUUGAAUGGAUGAAGGGGCUUUUAAAUAAUACGAAGUAUCACGAUGAGGAGGCUUUGUUAUCAUCAAGCUCAUGA